AUGAUCAAUCUCGGACUCCAGCGGAUCACUCAAUUGCUCAAUCCACUUUUCAGUGCUAAUCCAACCCUACCUUGGAGGGCAGUCCACAUCGCUGGGACGAAUGGCAAAGGCAGCGUCGCCGCCCUGGUCUCUACGUUUCUGGACCACCUGGGCUACAAAGUCGGGCGGUUUACCUCUCCUCAUAUCAUCGACCGCUGGGACUGCAUCACCCUCAAUAAACAGGUCGUCGAGCGAGACAGAUUCCUCCGGGUCGAGCAACACUUCCGCGACCGUUGCGCGAAGGAAAACAUUAAUGCGUCAGAGUUUGAGAUACUCACAGCUGCGGCCUUUCAGCUCUUCACGGAUGCCAAGGUCGAUGUUGCCGUCAUCGAAUGUGGACUCGGCGGCCGGCUUGAUGCCACCAACGUGCUGAGACCUGAGGAUGUGGUGGUCAGCGUCUUGACCAAGGUUGGCCUCGAUCAUGUUGACUUCUUGGGCAAUUCGCUCGAGGCUAUUACUAGAGAAAAGGUUGGAAUCUUCAAGCCGGAAGUGCCUGUGGUGCUCGACCAGAGCAAUCAGAGAAACGUCAUCGACGUGGCUGAGAACCGGUUGAAAGAGUUGGGGUGGGGAGGAAAUGGAGCAGCAGGUGUCUAUAUCUCUGUCGAAGAAAAAAGACGCGAAUUAGACGAGGUCAUUCGACGUCUGGGCCUGGCGAAACAUCAGGGUCAGAACCUUUAUCUCGCUUUCUCCUGCUUUCGAUUAGCGGAGGAACGUCUCAGCGAGGUGUACGCACCCAGACCCCCUGGUACCACGGAGAGGUCACCAACACCGUUGAUUUUCCCGCGGGAUUACCUUGUUUCCACAGAUCGAAAGCGCUUUGAAGCCGUGAAGCAGUCUCUGGAAAUACUCAUCCCACAGGCUCAGUCGUCUCUCCCUGGACGUCUACAAUGGCUGGCUCUUCCUCCGCACUUGUGGCCGGAGAAUCUACAGCACAUGACCGCAUUUAGCCGACCUGGACACACCCUCAAGGCCGAGGUCCUCCUCGAUGGGGCUCACAAUCAACAAUCCGCUGCAGCUCUGGCUGCCUACGUGGAUGUACAAUGGCGGCGUCCUGAUCCCAAGUCCUCUCUCCCCGUGACAUGGCUCUUGUCCGUCAAGAACGACAAGGAAGCCGAUGAGAUCCUCCGACUGCUGCUCGGACCCACCGAUAAUGUUGUGACGUGUUCCUUUGGCGCUGUUGAGGGAAUGCCAUGGGUGAAGAGCAUGUCAGCCGUGGAGUUGGCGAAGAUCGCCAGGAAAUACACGAGUGGAGCUGUUGAAGCCCUUUUUGACGAGCGUAUCGGAGACAUUGUUGGCCAGCAUGUUGAAACGACGCCUGACAAGAAGAUGAGAGUCAUCAUCCGACAAGCGGUCAGCAUCGCCUCGAGAGACUCGAAAGACAGCUCUUUGGAGCUGAAGCUCUGUAUCACGGGGUCGUUGUACUUGGUGGGAGACGUUUUGAGGUGCGUCCGGAAUGCAGGUGGGCAAAUUUACUGA